CAAUAUUCCUGAUUAAAUUUCCCAGUCUACGUCGCACAUUCGUUCGCAAUUCAAACCAUACGUCGGUCUAUAUAAAUUUAUUUAAAUAUUAAAUAUUUAAAUAUACGAAUAUGGCGCUUAAAAAAUUUGAUACUUGUUGCUGUUGUCUAGAUUUAAAAACGGGAGUUUUGGUCAUCGGUAUUUUAAGUAUAGUAUUAAGCAUCGGUGGUUUAAUCCAAGCACCCAUAGCUUACAAUAAUGCAUGCUCGGGUUUUAGAACGCCCGACAAUAAUCUUGAUUGCCGUAAAGCGAGUUCUCAAUUGGGCAUGUCCAUAAGCAGUGAAGUUAUCGGGAUUAUUUUAAUGGCUCUAAUGAUCUACGGUAACCAUAAGGAAAAUUACCGAUUACUACUGCCAGUGAUUAUUCUUCAAGCUAUUGGAAUUGCGAUUAUAACUAUUGUUAUAUGGUAUUUAUCAAUAAUUCUCUUUAUGGUAUCUGUUGGAUAUGGUCUUGUUAUAUUUCUUAUUGGCAACGCAAUGAUUGGUCUUUGUAUAUAUCUAUGGCUGGUUAUCUACAGUCGUUGUCAAGAAAUAAGGACUGCAAGUUAUGCAGCAGCAAAUACUGCAUAAAUUAUUUUUUAAUUAUAUUACUUAAUUAAUCUUUAGCUUUCUUUUUUUUACAUAUUAUAUGAUCACAUAUAUUUUUUAUAUUUGUAUGACAUAUAUAUGUUUUUCAUAUAUUACUAAAUUAAAAUUUUCUAAUAUUUUUUUUUUAAUAACGAAAAAAGGGAAUUACACUUAAACAAUUUUUUUUAAUUUAAACUUAAGCGCCUUAUUAACUUUUCUACUGAAUAUGACAAGAUUUUACAAGCCUUAUUAUUAAAGUGUUCAAUUAAUUGAUUUUAAUUACUGGUUAAUAACUAAUGAUUAAAAGAACUAUAUAUUUAUAUUUUUUAUAUGCGUUAUUUUCUCGAAAUUUUAAAAAGUUGAAAACUGUUUCCAUAUUUACUCGUAACUAUUUACAAAACUUAAUAUAUAUUAAAUAAAUAUGAAACUACACGGAAAGAACAAGAUGGUUCUGGCUACCAUCCCGGAUCAUACUCAGUUACAGUCGACGUAAAAAUGAAUUCCAGAUAGUACCUAGUAUAUUCUAGAUUAUACAGCGCUAGAUUAUACUAGUUAUCACCCUAGAUGGUAACCACAUACAUCUGGAUUAUACUCAGUACCAUCUCAGAUUAUACACAGUACUAUCUGAGAUUUAACUCAGUUACAUAUUAGCUAUUUUUUCUCUAGCGCAUGCGCGUGUAGUAUACUUGAUACGCAUGCGCCAGAAAAAAAAUGGCUAGGAUGUAAGUGAGUUAAAUCUCAGAUAGGCCUGAGUACAAUCUGAGAUAGUAUUGAAUAUAAUCUAGAUGUAUGCCCUGUUUAGAAAAUCUCAUAGAAUCCAUUAGAUUCUCAUAUAUUCCUAUAGAAAUUUUAUAAGAAUGAAUGAGUUCUAUGAGAAGUGCUAUCCCGUGUAAAAAAAUUUUUUGUUCAUAAUGAAUUUCAAUUUGAAUUUCAUAACGAAACUCAGAUCGUGACACAAAUAUGACUUUCAUCAUGAAUUUACUCCAAAAUUUCGUCUAGUAAAUCCGAAUCAAUUCUACAUUAAUUUAUUCUGUCUUCGAAUGGACUUGGGAUGAUUUAGAUAGAAACUUGACUGAAUUUUUACCUUUUGUCAAAUUCAUCGAUUCAAAAAUCGCCAAUAAAUUUCUCCUAUAAAGUAUUUGAUUUACGUAAAUCAGUUUCGAUUAUAAAAUUAAUUUAGUGAAUAAACUUUGGAUCACUUGGAUAAAAAAUAGAUUGAGUCAUAAUUUUGUCGUGAUUAAAGUUGUUGAUACAAAAUCAUGAUGAAACUCAUAUUUGUAUCACGAUCUGAGUUUCGGGAUGAAAUUCAGAUAUAAAUUAAUUAUGAAUAAAAUUUUUUUACGCGGGAUCAAUCAGUCAUCUCGAUGGAAAGUCAAUAGAAAAUCUGUUGAAAGUGUAUGGAAAUUCUCUAGUAUUUCGAUGAAACUAGACCUAACUUUUUGACGCUUGCGGAAAACUUUUCGCCGCUUGCGGAACACUUUCAGAUACAUUUCGACCAGAUACCUGUCAAAAACACUAAUUUCACAUAAUAAAACAUUUCAGAUAAUAGUAAUAUAAUUUUUUUUUUUAAAUAUAUCACGGAGAAAAAAAUUUAGUAAAUUUUACUAAAAAAUAUGAGAAUCAUUACUAAAUUUGGAUAGUAAUCUUGACACGCUUGUAAUUUAUAUGAAAAAUUUAUAAACAGAUAAUAUUUUACAAGUCGUUUAGUAAUUUCUCAUAUACUGGUUAUGGAAAAUUUCCUAUAUUGCAUAUUAAUUUUUAGUUAUAUUUAGUAAAUUUUACCAUCCCUGUUUAGUAAAUUUUACUAUCCCGUUUAGUAAAUUUUACUAUAUUAGAAUGGAAAAAAAUAAAAUUAAAUUAUUAUUAGCUUUUAACUUUUUAUUAUUAUUGCUAUCAUUUUGAUUAUUAUUGUUAUUUAUGUCAUCUGUAUUGGUGUUGGUGUCGACUUUUAUUUUAAAAAAAAUCACUUGUUUCAACCGAGAUUCGAAUCCUGAUCUCCCGCGCGCGAGUCCUUUCCUAUGUCUGACGGCCUGAUGUCUCCUUUGAACAAAAGUUUCGGAACUUGUAAUACAUAUUUGUAUAUGCUAUCCCCACCAACUUUUAAUUUUAUCUAUACAUAGUAGAAUUUACUAUACAGAUAGUAAAAAAAUAUAAUCGUGUUAGCAAAAAAUACAUUGCGUAUAGUAAUUUUUAAUAUUUUGUAUAGUAACAAAUCCUAUAUUGUAUUAGAAAAUUUACUUUCUUAAAUUUGUUUUUAUUAAUAAUACUUAUAGUAAAAUUUACUAUACAAAUAGUAAAAAAUAUAAUCGUCUUAGCAAAAAAUACAUUACGCAUAGUAAUUUUUAAUAUCUUAUUAUGUAAUUAUUACUAAUUAGUAAAUUUUACUAGACGUUUUGUAAUAAUUACAAUAAAGAAUGUAUUUUUUCAUAUCUGUUAGUAAAUUUUACUAUAGUAUUGUAAUUUUUACUAUACUUUUUCUCCAUGUAGUUAAGGCCCUAUAGUUAAGUAUAGAGCCUUAUACAUGCGGCUAUAAGAAUCUAUCGAAUUUUUUAAACAGGGUGUGGUUACCAUCUAGGACGAAAACCAGUAUAAUCUAGCGCUGUAUAAUCUGAGAUGUAACUGAGUAACAUCUGGGUUGGACCUGAGUAUAGUGUAGAUGGAACUCAGUAUAAUCUAGAUUAUACUGGGUACUAUCUGAACAUUUUUUCUACGUCGGAUGUAACUGAGUAUGAUCCGGGAUAGUAGUUAGUACCAUCUUGUUCUUUCCGUAUAUAUACAUGAUUAAUAAAAUUAUCUGAUAAGCAUGAAAGUAUAAAGUAUUAAAUAUUUCGAAAUCUUAAAAAAAUUAUUGAAGUUAAAUCUAAAGACAUUAUAUUGCAAGUUAUUGAUAUGAAUUCAUAUAUUUAGAAAAUCAUACGACAAUUGUAAACUUUAUUUUUUUAAAUGACUUGAAAAUUGAACUUUGGCCUGAAAGUUGGAGCCUAAUUGUGGAGUCGUAAUGAUUUGGAGGAAUAGGGUAAGAACACCAGUACCAGCCCCAAACCAGUAGCAAGCGACUUCAUGUUAAAUUAUAUCUAUAUAUAUUUUGAGCCAAUGUUAAAGUAUGUGACUGGCUGGCUAGUAGUUGGGAGCUGUGGACUGGUAACAAACUACAGAAUUACUUAUUUGGUCAAUAAAUCAGCUUGCAAGAUAAAUAAAUAUCGGUUGCAUGUAAUUUGAAGCCUUCGAUGCGAUUAUGACAAAAUAGAAUUUAAAUAAAAUAAAUAAUUGAAUCAUCAAA